CAACCUUUCCUGAACUCACAGUUACACCUAUGAACCUGGAACUCAGCAUAACACCAGGACCUGCUGUGGAAGCUGAAGACCCUACACCCCUACAGCAAACUGCAGCUCCUCCAAGGCAUCCUCAAGUGACAUUUCCACAACCACAGCCUGUUCAGGCUCAGCCACACAUAUUCUCUGAUGUCAGACUUCCCCCUGUGGUGCUGCAGCUCACCAUAAGACGAGAAGCUGCUGAGGAGGCUGAACAUCACACAACCCUGAGGAGGACCAUAGCUCCUCCAAAGCAGGCAAAGGUGACAUUUCCACAUCCAGAGCCUAGUCAUGCUCAGCAAACCACCUUCUCUGAGGUCAGAGUUGAACCUUUGAACCCGCAGCUCACUGUAACUCCAGAACCUCCUGAGGAGGCUGAACACGCUAGAGCCCUGCAGCAGACAGCAGCUCCUCCCAAGCACCCUCUGGUGAUGUUUCCCGUUCAGGAUCAGCUGCCAACCCUAACGGAAGUCACAGGUCACCCAGCACAGCUGGAGUUCAUCAGAACGCAGCAACCAGAGACAUCUGAGUCAGGGGCCCCAGUGAGUGAACAGAAUGCCGUCAUGAACGUCUGCGAGCUCUGCACCUAGGAAGAGACGCUGUCGUGUACGGGUCUCAGCCCAAAGCACAGGCUCCACAGGGUGCCUGUGCUGUACCCCCAAAUCCACAAUGGCUCCUUCACCCUCUUAAAUUUCAAAGGAAACUCGAUUUCUUACAUCGACAGAGAUUCCUGGGAGUCAUACCGGUGGGUGGAGAAACUAAUCCUCAGUGAGAAUUACUUGACUGAAUUGCACAAGGAUUCAUUUGAAGGCCUGCUAUCCCUCCAGUACUUAGACUUAUCCUCCAAUAAAAUACAGCUUAUCGAAAGGAAUACAUUUGAAUCCAUGCCUUUUUUGCAACAGAUAAAUCUUCAUAACAAUCUAAUCGCUAACGUGAGAUUUGGAACGUUUCAGGCCUGGCAUGGAAUGCAGUUUUUACACAGGUUAAUUCUCAGUCACAAUCCACUGACCACUGUUGAGGAUUCGUAUCUUUUUAAAUUGCCAGCAUUAAGAUAUUUAGACAUGGGAGCAACGCAAGUGUCCCUCAUAACAGUUGAGAGCAUCCUCCUGAUGGCCCUUAAAUUGCGAAAACUGAUCCUACCCAGCCAUCUGGCCUGCUGCCUCUGCCAGUUCAAAAGCAGUAUCGAGGGUGUCAGCAAGACAGUCAAACUGCACUGUGACAGUGACUGUCUGACACACACACAGUGUGAUGAAGAACUGUACUUAGGAAAGGCGGAAGGCUCUCUCAUGAAAGUUUUACAAGGCCGGGAGAAGCGCCACAGCCCUGAGCUGACCAUUGAGCCUGAGAGGGCAUCCCCAGGAGAAGAAAAGGGUGGCGGCUUAUCAGCCUUCAUGAACCUCCUGAUGAAGCUUCUCACUGCACAAGAGGAGGUGAAGGUCUCCAAGGCAGAUUGGGACACGGAUCACUGGGGAGAUGAGAGGACCGAGGCCCAGGGUGAAGAGGAAGAGCAGGAGUCACAUGAGUUCGGGGCACAAGUCCCAGGCUAUGGGUAUAAGAAGAAACUCGUCUUGGCAGCCCCUGUGAUUGCAGUAGCAUCAAUUUUCUUGGUCAUUUUCUGUCUCAUGGCCAUCUGUCAGAGAAGAACAGCAGAGGAAGGCAAAGAAGGAAGGGGCUUUUUCUCAAUUUUUGGACACAAGAGCCGCUCAGCAGAACACGAGAUGGAGGAGGGUGGUUUCCAGAGAAGGUGGCCGCUUUGGCUGUGGGAUAUGUAUUGGCCUCUCAACGCCACGCACAAGGGAAAUGUGGGACAGAGUGUACACCACAGUACGUCUGAUGAGGGUGACAUGGAGAAGGGUGAAGCCUCCACGACAACGGCCAAGGCUGCUACAUCAGAAUCGGCUGCUGAGGAGACGGCUGAAGAGAGUGAUGCCUGACACCGCCACCCUGUGAACCCCGUCCUCGGGGGACCUGCCAGUUGUAGCUGGGAAUGUUGUGUGAGCACUGCUGAUCAAAUACAUUGUAU